AUGCAGACACUCAACCAACCCUGCUACAAACUCCCUAACCAGCCAUAUAAGCAGACACUCAACCAACCCUGCUACAAAUUCCCCAACCAACCAUACAAGCAGACACUCAACCAACCCUGCUACAAACUCGUCAACCUGCCACACAAGCAGACAUUCAACCAACCCUGCUACAAACUCCUCAACCAGCCAUACAAGCAGACACUCAACCAACCAAAGUACAUACUCCCUAAACAGUCACACAAGCAGACACUCAACCAACCCUGCUACAAACUCCCCAACCAGCCACACAAACAGACACUCAACCAACCCUACUACAAACUCGUCAAUAAGCCACACAAGCAGACACUCAACCGACCCUACUACAAAGUCCUCAACCAGCCACACAAGCAGACACACAACCAACCGUACAAGCAGACACUCAACCAACCCUGCUACAAAGUCCUCAACCAGCCAUACAUGCAGACACUCAACCAACUCUACUCCAAACUCCCCAACCAGCCACACAAACAGACACUCAACCAACCCUACUACAAAGUCCUCAACCAGCCAUACAUGCGGACACUCAACCAACUCUACUCCAAACUCCUUAACCAGCCACACAAGCAGACACUCAACCGACCCUACUACAAAGUCCUCAACCAGCCACACAAGCAGACACACAACCAACCGUACAAGCAGACACUCAACCAACCCUACUACAAGUCCUCAACCAUCCAUACAUGCAGACGCUCAACCAACUCUACUCCAAACUCCUCAACCAGCCACACAAACAGACACUCAACCGACCCUACUACAAAGUCCUCAACCAGCCAUACAUGCAGACACUCAACCAACUCUACUCCAAUCUCCCCAACCAGCCACACAAGCAGACACUCAACCGACCCUACUACAAAGUCCUCAACCAGCCACACAAGCAGACACACAACCAACCGUACAAGCAGACACUCAACCAACCCUACUACAAGUCCUCAACCAUCCAUACAUGCAGACACUCAACCAACUCUACUCCAAACUCCCCAACCAGCCACACAAACAGACACUCAACCAACCCUACUACAUACUCCCCAACCAACCACACAAGCAGACACUCAACCAACCAACCCUACAACUACAACUAGCCACACAGCUGGUCCUACUACAGCCCCACAACCAGCCCCCACACAAUCAGGUAAUAUGACAAUGUUCAUCAGUCUGGACACAGUGGACUUCAGACAUAAUGACCCUUAA